CGCACAUGUAUUUCGUCUGUGGUCCAAACGGGAAAGCCAAACGAUCGAUUGUCGAGAGGGUUGAGCUAAUAAAUCAACCGCCGGACCCGCCGUUAAGAUCGCCGCCGUCCACGGCCGUGGCGGCUGGCAAGUUUUAAAUCCUCUCUCUCUCUUCUUAAUUAUUUUUGUUAUUUUUUGAUCUCCUGUAGACUUUUUAAAAAGCUACUCUUCACUGGAAAUGCUUUCGAAACCCUCUGUAUCGUCUGUUCUAAUAGACCAAAUCAACGGCUCCGAUUCAAUCACCGCCUCAAUCCAUUGCCAGAAAAAGGCUCAGAAAUGGUUCCAGGUGCCGGAAUCCGUAGCCGUUUACCAUACGCAUGCGGUGGGGCCCAACCAGACCUGCUCCGCCGUGGUCCAAGAAAUCGCCGCCCCCAUCUCCACCGUCUGGUCAGUGGUCCGGCGGUUCGAUAACCCGCAGGCCUACAAGCACUUCGUCAAGAGCUGCCACGUGGUCGUCGGCGAUGGCAACGUCGGAACGCUCCGGGAGGUCCACGUCAUCUCCGGCCUUCCCGCCGGCUGCAGCACCGAACGCCUCGAGAUUCUCGACGACGAACACCACAUCCUCAGCUUCAGCAUGAUCGGCGGUGACCACCGCCUCGCCAACUACAGAUCCAUCACCACACUUCAUCCAUCGCCGGCCGACGGCGGAAAUAAAACCGUGGUGGUUGAGUCCUACGCCGUCGAUACGCCGCCGGGAAAUACCAAAGAAGAAACGGUGGUGUUCGUUGAUACCAUACUGCGUUGUAAUCUGCAGUCGUUGGCUCAACUCGCCGAGAAUUUGCAUAAACGCAAUAAUCAAUCUCCGCCAUAAGUUAACUUCGUUGAUUUUAACAUUCACUAUUUUCCUCUCUUCUCUAUUUCUUCAAAUUUUUGGCUUAAUUGUCUAGAAAUUUUCAGGGGCUGCCCAAAUGCCUUCCGCCCUGUACCUGAAUUAAUAUUUAGAACUUUGUCUCUCUUUUGUUCCAAAAUAACAAAAUAACUUUGUAUUCUUAUCAUUUUACUUCA